AAUCAGACCAAAUCUCCAAGGUGGAUGACAUGGUAUCAUCACGGAAGUUCAGGUUUCUUCUAGAUUACAAUACCCAGGUGCUCAAACACAAUCCAGGCGAGCCAGGGAAUCUCUCGGCAAGCUUUAGAUAUUAAUCAAUUGCGUCCCGAAGUCCUUCCGAAUUUCAUGUAUACCCGAGCCUACAACCGCUCACCCGAAACAUAUAUCCCACCUCACCACUUGACCCAGCAACAAUUCUUUAUUUUGAGCAAGUACUUCAAUCUCAAGAUCUAGUGGUCUGAUUGGCACGCUUGAAACGUUGUGUCGUUGAUCCAAUUCUACUCUUGGUUCGGAUAAAAUGGAAGAAACGUGGGGGAACACAGGUGGGGUUAUACAGGAAUAGCAAUAUCUACAACUUUGAAUAUCAGCCUAAAUGCAAAGAUCUUGUCUUCAAUUACAUAAAACGUAUAACCAUAUAAAUUUGAGCUUCGAGACGUGCGAACUUUCUCUUUAUUCUUAUGACUGAAAGUUCUUGCAGCAGGGAACUUUUUGUUGGCACUCUUAUUAUAGUCGUACAAGUUACCAAGCUGCUUCUCUCCCAUUUACAACAUGUCUAACGGCAUCCUUCGCGUCAAAGGCGACCAAAUCGUCGAUAACUCUGGUAAAUCAGUCAUCCUUCGUGGGGCGGGUCUAGGAGGAUGGAUGAACAUGGAGAACUUCAUCACCGGUUUUCCAGCCCAAGAACAUCAGCAUCGAGCUGCCAUGUUAAAAGUCCUGGGCAAGGAGAAAUACGAGUUCUUCUUUGAUAAAUUCCUAGAGUAUUUCUUCAUGGAAGAAGAUGCCAAAUUUUUUGCUAGCCUGGGUUUGAAUUGUCUACGUUUGCCAUUCAAUUAUCGUCAUUUCGAAGAUGACAUGAAUCCUAGAGUUUUGAAAGAAAGUGGGUUCAAACAUCUGGAUCGUGUUGUUGAUCUUUGCGCCAAACAUAAAAUCUACACAAUCCUCGACAUGCAUACUGUCCCUGGCUCGCAAAACCCAGAAUGGCAUUCCGAUAAUCCAUCAAACUAUGCCUCUUUCUGGGACCAUAAAGAUCAUCAAGAUCGUACAAUAUGGUUGUGGUCGCAAAUCGCCGCCCGCUACCGCGAUAACCCAUGGGUAGCAGGUUAUAACCCCAUCAACGAGCCCUGCGAUCCCCAACAUCAUCGUCUCCCAGAACUCUACACCCGUUUUGAAUCCGAAAUUCGCCAAAUAGACCCCAACCACAUUCUCUGGCUAGACGGAAAUACCUUCGCCAUGGAAUGGAAAUACUUCACCACCAUCCUUCCCAACUGCGCCUACUCACUACACGACUAUUCAUCCAUGGGUUUCCCGACCGGCACCCCCUUCACCAAUUCCCCCGCCCAAAUCGAGCAACUCGAAUCGAGUUUCCUACGUAAAUGCAAAUUCAUGCAUACCCAUUCCGUUCCCAGCUGGAACGGCGAAUUCGGUCCCGUCUACGCCGACCCAUCUCUCGAGCCCAACGCUUCGGAAAUAAACGCCCAGCGCUACUCUCUCCUGGGCGCCCAACUACAAAUCUACGAUAAAUACCAAAUCCCCUGGAGUAUCUGGCUCUACAAAGAUCUCGGACUCCAAGGCAUGGUAACCACAUCUCCCUCCUCCCCAUACAACUCCCUCAUAUCCUCCUUCGUUGAAAAGAAACGUGCUCUCCAGCUCGAUCUAUGGGGACCCCCUGCUUCCGAAUCGUUAGAUAAAGCAUUGGAUCCGCUCGUAAAGUGGAUCGAAGAAAAUGCUCCAAAUGCCAAAGAAGAAUAUCCGACAACAUGGGGCAUUCAAAGACAGAUUUUGAGAGGAGUAGUACAAACAUACGCAGUGAAAAGUUUUUCGGAUGAGUUUGCGGAGCUUUUUAGAGGGCUGGAUGAAAAUGAAUUGGAUGCUUUGGCGGGAAGUUGGAAAUUCGAGAACUGCAUGCGCAGAGAGGGAUUGAAUAAGGUGUUGAGUGAUUUUGCGGAAGUGAGGAGAAGAGCUGAGGGAGAGUGAAGAGGUUUUGUGAUAUAGUGCUGU